AUGUCAGGUGGAUUUAGACCAAGAGGACCUAAGAAUCAACAAAGCGACUUCCAAAGUCGAACUUCACAUCGUUCACAAUAUAGGGAUAAUCGUAAUUAUCGAAAUUAUCCGCCUCCAGGUCCAAGGAGAUUUGGAGUACGAGAUAGUUACAGACCAGGUCAAGGAAGACCUUCAGCAACAGAAUCAAAUAAUAAUCAACAAGAAAAUAGACCAGAUUCAGCAUCAUCAGUAAAUUCAUCAGAUUCUUCUGCAGGAACAGGAGCAGGAGUAGGAGUAAGAGGAAAUGGAACCGUAUCAGGAGGGCGUAAUUAUCAACCAGGACAAAAACGACCAUUGCCUUCGGGACCGGCAAGUUUAAGGAAACGUCCAGAUAAUAGACAGUCGUCAUUUCCAAGAGGUCCAAGGGAUAGACAUAAUGAUAGAGGAAGGGAAAAAGUUAUAAUUCGUCAAUUGUAUCCCGAUCAGAUUUACUGUAUCAAAUCAGCAAAAGCACCAAAUGUAUAUGAACGAGUUCUGCAAGUUGGGGAAGGUACUUAUGGGAAAGUUUACAAAGCCAAACAUAAAAUAACUGGUGAAUUUGUUGCCAUGAAGAAAUUGAGAUUAGAAUCUGAAAAGGAAGGGUUCCCAAUUACUGCAGUUCGUGAAAUUAAAUUAUUACAAUCUUUUGAUCAUGAAAAUGUUGUUGGAUUAGUAGAAAUGAUGAUUGAAAGUAAUCAAAUUUAUAUGGUUUUUGAUUAUUUAGACCAUGAUUUGACUGGGUUAUUGACACAUCCUGAGUUGAAGUUAGAAGAAUGUCAUCGAAAGUAUAUUUUUAAACAAUUGAUGGAAGGAUUGAAUUAUUUACAUAAAAAGAGAAUAAUCCAUCGUGAUAUUAAAGGAUCUAAUAUUUUAUUGGACAAUAUAGGUAGAUUGAAAAUAGCCGAUUUUGGACUUGCUCGUCCGAUGAAAGUUGUCAAUGGCGAUGAAAAACCAGAUUAUACCAAUAGAGUUAUUACUAUAUGGUAUAGACCACCAGAAUUGUUGUUGGGUUCUACUGACUAUGGAAGAGAGGUUGAUGUAUGGGGUGUUGGUUGUUUAUUGAUUGAAUUGUAUUCUAAGAUGGCUGCAUUUAGAGGAAUGGAUGAAAUUAGCCAAUUGUGCAAGAUUUUCAAUAUCAUGGGUACUCCUACUUUGGAAGAUUGGCCUGAAAUAGAUAGAUUGCCAUGGUUUGAAAUGUUGAAACCAAAAAUUAAUGUUGAUAGUAAAUUUGAAAAGAAAUAUGGUGAAGUUAUGUCACCUCCGGCAUUUAAACUUGCUGUUGAAUUAUUGCAAUUGAAUCCAUCUAAAAGACCAACAGCAGAAGAAGCUUUGGAACAUGAAUAUUUUAAGGAAGAUCCACAACCAGAGCCAUUGCAUUUCUUGAAGGAACUCAAAGGAGAAUGGCAUGAAUUUGAAACUAAAAAGAGAAGACGUGAAGAAAGAAAAAGAAUAAAAGAAGAAGAAGAUGCUGAAUUGGCUGCUAGUAAAGCCGCCGCCGCCGCCGCCGCCGCCGCCGCCGCUGCUGCUGCUACAAAAUCAAAUCAAGCUACACAAGAAAGUAUUUGA